GCUUACGAGUGUCACUUACUCCAUUAAAGCUCAACUUUAGGGCUUUACUUCUGUUGCAAAGAAUCGAGCUUUCUUCAAUUUCCGCAAGAAUCCAUUGUCCACAAUUUGUAAGUUUCUGUUAUACUUAAAUUUCAAAACCCAUGUCUAAAUUUCUCUGCAAAACCUUUCUAUUUCGAUGUCAUAUUGUAAGAACUUCACCACCAACCAGUAUUCUAGGUUUUUUUCGAAACCCAGAUAUUUUUCAUCUAAGAUUGUUCUCAAGUAGUUCAAAUCAACAAUCUUUUACAGUCUCAUACCUCAUAAACUCACUUGGGUUUUCUCCAGAAACUGCUUUAUCAGCUUCCAAGUAUGUUAAUUUUAAGACUCCUGAGAAGCCAGACAAACUCAUAAAUUUGUUCAAAAAGUACGGUUUCACUCAAAUCCAAUUAUCGAACCUUGUUAGAAGAUGCCCUAGUAUAUUCUCAUAUGAUGCUGAGAAGAAUAUUUUGCCCAAAUUGGAGUUUUUACAAGCCAAAGGCAUGUCAGGCCCUGAAAUGGCCAAAAGGCUAUCUGUAUUCCCUACCCUUUUGAGAUGUAGCUUAUCUAAUCUGAUUAUUCCUUCGUAUGAUUUCUAUAGAGACCUGUUUCAGUCUGAUGAGAAGGCUUGUCAUACUGUCAAACGGUUUCCGCAUAUCCUCAUAUGUCUUAAGAAGUAUGUCGCACCUAACGUCGCUAUCUUGAGAGAACAUGGAGUGGCUAAAUCUGAUAUAGCAAAAAUGAUGCAUCUCUGGCCUAAAAGUUUCGUGACGAGUCCGGAUAGUUUCCGAGAGGUUGUGGAGAAAGUCGUGGAAAUGGGAUUUGAUGCUUCAACGCUCAAAUUUGUUGUAGCGGUGAAUAUAUUCUUGUCGAUGCGAAAAUCAACAUGGGAAAGUAAGGUUGACGCAUAUAAGAAGUGGGGUUGGUCUGAGGAAGAGGUUUCGAAAGCCUUUCAAAGCUAUCCUUGGUGCAUGAUGGUGUCUGAAGAUAAGCUUAUGGCAUCUAUGGAUAUCUUCAUCAACCAAAUGGGUUGGAGGCCCUUCCAUUUGGCUAAAUUCCCUACAAUCUUUACAGUGAGUUUAAAUAAGAGAGUAGUCCCGAGGUGUUCGGUUUUUCAAGUUUUGUUGUCAAAAGGUUUGGUGAAGAAGGAUGCUAACUUGAAUUCAUUAUUGAUGAGUUCAGAGAAGAAUUUCUUGCAGAGGUUUGUCGCGCCUUAUAAGGAAAACGCUCCGGAACUGUUAAAGUUGUAUAAGGAAAAAUAUGAUCUUUCAAAUGCAGCAAAGAUCUAUGAGGUUUGAGAACUUUGGGACGUAUAACGUUAAGAUCUUUUCAUUCAUUUUGUAAACUUUCUCCUUGACUAACAGUUGGAUUGGUCUUCACUUACCGAGUAAUCUUAGUUCAAGAAAAUGAAUAAAGAUUUUAGCUA